CAUCACAUCGCCAUGAAGUUGUUUAUCACAUAAACAAAUAAGUUUGACAGUUGUGUUUUUUCCCUAAUUUGUGAAUUUUACCAUGGAUAAAGCUCGCGAAAAAGUAUUCCGACGAAAAGUUGUCUUUUCAGAUAGUGUAACAAAAAUAGGCAAUGACGGACAGAAUGCGGCCAGCGGCGUGGGUAUGGGCAGGGAUAAGGCUGGCGUACGUCCGAGAAGUCGAAGCGUUUACACGGCAAAUUCUUACGUGAGCGAUGACAUUGUCACAUCUCGAGACUUGGCGAAAUACGAGGGCCCCCAUAACUGGCAUUGCCCCUUACCUAAACCCAUUACAGUGAAGCACUUUUACUCCGAUGACAUCAACGGUGAAAUUUGGGCGGAUGACGGAUACAUAGGUGGCACCACUGUGACACCCCACGGAGUCAUAUCCCUGCGUCUCCACAACAGGAUCCGCGUGGACAUAUCCCUGGACCGGGCCAUCAGGAUAGUCAACAUGAAGAACGCGAUCAUUUUAGCCCUCAACUCCAGCGGAUCGUCCUCCGCGCUCAUCCACCCCAACGGCAGGGUGUACCAGUACGGUUCAAGGGUUGAGAUUUUAGCGCACGACAACCAGGGCAACAAUAAGUACGCCAAGAUGUGGUACAAAGGCGUCAGUUUCACCAGCGACCAGUGCGCCCUCGUAUACCUGGUGGAUUCAGCCGGAACCAGGACUACCACCGAUACUUUCUCGGACCUAUCGUCCGAUUUUACCCUGGGCGUUUUUUACAACACCUUUCCAACGGGGGAUUCCCCCUAUAAUCUGGAUAUGCCAGGCAUUCCCCACGGCACGCAUUUGGUGGACGAGGCGAUCGGAAUCCUGCAAGCCGCCAACUAUUGGAUGACCGAGGAUGGCACCGACAAUUGGAUCAUAAACAGCGUCAGGAUCUCCCAGACAUCGGACGGCUUGGUUAGGGUAGGCCGUAACAGCAACAAGUUCUCACUGCGCACCUCCCCCACCAACGGGUCGGCGUCCGUCUCCUCCCCCUACAUGCACUGCACCGGUUCCAUGGGCCAGACGCGUCACCUGUUCGUGCGCAGGGGCGAACGGCGCAUGCACUACGACGGCUCCACCUUCAUCGUGCGCAACGCCGGCCACUCGGCGGGAUUCGACGAGAAACAACAGUUGAAGGUCUACUGAGGCGGUCGGUGGGCGUGUCUAUAGAAACUUUGUUAAUAAUCCCCGCCCCUCUCAAGCUUCGCACUGUCUUUUCUCGCUCUCUGGUUUUUUAGUGGUUUGGUGGCACUCUGCGAUCGCGUCUUGUCGGUUUGUCUUUUGAAAUAUGGCGUUUCUUCGCGUGUCUAGCAUUUAUUUUUCAUUUCGGUCCGUUCUUGACACAUCUGUGCACACACAAGGUAAGUAAGUUGUUUUUUUUUCAACCGAUUACACAUUUGAAGAAAUCUUAGAAUGUCAUCCAUUUUUGUUAUUAGUUGAAGAUCUGAUGUCCAUUCAGAAGGAGGCUUAUUCAUUUGAGACAUUUCCACAUAUCGAACAAAUUUAAACAUUUUUUUUUAAUGAAAACCUAUUAACAACCACUCUCCAACGUUUUAAAAGAAGUCUUAAUCCAGUUCAAUUUUAAAAUCAUCAUCACUAUAGUAAUUACUGGAAAUUUCAAUGUUUUAAAGAUGAGUUGUAUACCUUCAUCAAGUAGUAAUAAGAUAAAACAGUGACUUUUGCACAGUACUCCCCUCCGAUCAAGAAGAGAUAUCAAUUAUUAAUUCCCAACACUUUUGCAAUUAAUUUAAAAUAAUCUAUCCAAGUCCAGUUCUACGAAGAGUUGAUUUCCGAGCAGUGCCAUACAUGAAGUUUUAUUUUAAUCGAUUAUUCCCUGAUAGAGUGGCAGACGAAUGAUUCCGAUAUGAAUGUAAGCACACAUCCAUCGAAGAAACUGGACGAAUCGACAGACCGUUCGCAGAGUGCAUUUUUAACUCCUCCCCUCUCCUAACUUUUUAUUUAUAAAUUAGUUAGCACCACUCCGUUUCAAAAUUUGUGCUUCUAUUUUUGUCCUUUGUGAUUUUGUCGCUCCGUAAUUGUAACAUGGAUAAAUGUAAAGUGUACCAUCUGCAAAGACGUGAAUGUAUCCACUGAGUAUGUUUUAACCUGAAAUGUGAUAUUGUGAUCUCAAGAUAACGAGUACGUUUCCUGAUUUAUCAGAUUGUAAUAGUGCAGUAUAAGGAACGUACGAAUUUGUGAUGAUGGCUGUAAUUUUUGAUUUCAUGUGAAUUUAUAAAUAAAUAGUGUUCAUGUCA